AUGGACGAUUUUUCAGUUUUUGGGGAUUCCUUCCAAAUUUGUUUGACCAACCGGAAUGUUGUUCUUAAACGAUGUGUUCAAACAAAUCUUGUUCUAAGCUGGGAGAAAUGCCAUUUUAUCGUUACAGAAGGGAUUGUGUUGGGACACAAAAUUUCAGCUAGGGGGAUUGAAGUGGAUAAGGCAAAAGUGGAGGUUAUUGAAAAGCUUCCACCACCAACAAACGUGAAAGGAAUUCGAAGUUUCCUUCGUCAUGCUGGAUUUUAUCGACGAUUUAUUAAGGAUUUUUCAAAGAUUGUUAAGCCAUUAAGUAAUUUGCUUGCUAAAGAGACACCAUUUAUAAUGAGUCCCGAAUGUUUGGAAGCUUUAGAUAUUUUGAAGAAGAGAUUGAUUUCUGCUCCAGUGAUCGUAGCUCCAGACUGGGAUAAAGAGUUUGAACUUAUGUGUGAUGCUAGUGACUAUGCCAUAGGCGUUGUGUUGGGUCAAAGAAGAGAAAAGGGAAGUGAAAAUUUAAUUGCUGAUCAUUUAUCCCGGUUAGUCAAUGAUGAAGUAACAAGCACGGAGAAAGAAAUUUGGGAGUCAUUUUUAGAUGAAACUCUUUUAUAUAUUCAGCAAAGGCCCUGGUUUGCUUAUUUAGCCAACUUCAAAGCUGCAGGUCAUUAUAAUGGAGAGCACACUACCGCAAAAGUUCUGCAAGCAGAAUUUUAUUGGCCGACUUUGUUUAAAGAUGCCCAUAAUCAUGCUCGGAGCUGUGACAAAUGUCAAAGGACAGGGGCUAUUUCAAGGAGGCAUGAGAUGCCAUUGCAAGGCAUUCUGGAAGUUGAAAUUUUUGAUUGCUGGGCUAUAGCAUGUCCUAAGAAUGAUGCUAAUACUGUGAUCAAAUUCCUAAAAAGGAAAAUCUUUUCACGUUUUGGAACUCCCAAGGUACUCAUCAGUGAUGGGGGAUCUCACUUUUGUAAUGCUCAACUAGCUAAGGUACUUAAACAUUAUGGGGUAAAACAUAAGGUGGCUGCACCUUAUCAUCCACAGACGAAUGGCCAAGCUGAUGUUUCUAACAGGGAAAUCAAAAGAAUUUUAGAAAAGAUUGUCACUAUUUCAAGAAAGAUUGCUGAAGCUCCAGUAAUGGACGGUAAUGAUGAGGAUGAUAACUUUGAGGAUGCAGAGGCUGGAGAUGAGGAGGACCCCGAUGACAUCAUGGAUGGAUAG